AUGAUAAAUAUUGAGUUCAAUAAACCAGAAUAAAAGAGGCAAUAAAUUUUGAGAACAAAAGGGAUGGAAAUGAGAAUAUCCUCUAAAAAAAAGUAGAAAGUUUAAGAAAAAAAAUAAUAAUAAAAAGGAAAUGAAUAAUAAAAUGAAAAAUUACCUACAAUUCCUUAAUAGGAAAUGUCUUAAAUUCCUGAAUAAGAAUAAUAAUUAACAGAUCAUUUAUAGAAACCAUAGAAUGAAUAAAAAGGAUUAAUUAAAUUGAGCACUGAAUAAUAAAGAGCAUUAGAAUUUGCUAAAUUAGUUUUGAAUUUAGCUGAUCCUGCCGAAUAUACAGAUGCUAAACCAAUAAUUAAAAAGAAAUAGGACUUUACUGUUGAUCCUGAAGAAGAGGAAUAAGAAGAAAAAAUAGACAGAACUGAUUUUCUUUCAACUGCUGAAUAUUAAGAACUUUUAGAUGUAUAUUCAGAUUACAACAUUGGAGAACUUGUUUUGAAAUUUCCAAAUCCUGAUUGGGAAAAGAUGGUUGAUCGUCCAGUUGAUAUUAAAGAAGCUGAUAAGUAUAUAAAUAACAAUACAAAUUUAGAGUAUUUAGUAGUUAAUUAGCAAUAUCAGCAGAAGGUGGAGUUCCUUAAUCUUAAUUAACAAUAUAAAGAUAAGUAUUCUUAUCUACAUAUUUAUAAUUGGCUGAUUAUGUAGAGACUGAUAAAAAGAAACUUAAAGAAACUUUAAAAAAGACUUAAACAGGAGGAACUUUGAAAGAUAAUCCAGAUUAUUUAAAUUAUAUUGCUUUUUUUGAAUAAUAUAGAUAAGUUAAAGAUUAAAGUGUAGAGGAAUUAUUGAGGAAGGAUGAACCUUUACAAAGAUCACCAAGUGAAGAGAUAAAUUAGGAAGUAAUUUAGAUGAUGAAUUUAAUUCAUUUAAAACCUAAUGAAAAUUUAGAUAUUUUCUAAAAUAUAAACAAGAAAUAUUGUAAAGGUGGAUUCCUUUAUAAAAAAUGGACAGAUGAUAAAACUGAUUAUGAUUGGAUAUAAGUUGGAUAAACACCUUAAGAUUUUUUAACAUUAAUAAGGAUGACUGUUAUUACAAAAUUAUGUAGAGAUGCUCAUUUUCAUUGUAGAUAAUUUAUAAGUAGUGAUGAUCAAUUUAUAUUUGUUGUUUUGAAGAGUAAAUUAGAAUAUGUCAGAUAUUAAGCAGAAUUGUAAAGAAUGCAAAAAUAAUACGAAUUAGGAUAUGCAGAUAUUUUAUCACUUGAACCUUGUGAUAAAUUACUUAGACCUUUAAGAUUAAAGAAUUAUCUUAGAGAUCCUGAUUUUGUUAAGGAAGCACCUAAUUAUUUAGAAGAGAAAAAGGAGGAUCCCAAUUAAAAAAAGAAACUUGCAAGAAUUGAUAGUGAAGCUUAAAAAAUCUAUUAAGGAGUUUUAAAAUGGGGUGAUUAAGAAUUAAGAGCAAAUUGUGUUAAAAAAUAAUAAGAUUUAGAUCCUUUGAUAUAAUGGAUGGCUGUAGAAUUGAAGAUUAAUUUGAGUUCAGAAAAAACAUAAAUUGCGGAUGAUUAACCAUUAUCUAGAGAUGUUUGGGAAGCCUAUCAUAUUUAUUAAUUAUAUCUAAUUGAUUAUUUGAAAAGAGUAUAAGAAAGUUAUAAGGAGAAAGAAGUUAAAGCUAAUAAAGGAUUUUUAUUUAAACUUAUAUUUCGAAAAGCUAUUGGAGAUCCAAAUGAAUUAUAUUAAGCUUUUAAUAAUUCUUGGUUUAAGGAAAAAUUGAUUUUAGCAAAUUUAUGGGAUAGAUAAGGUCUUGAUCCAAUUGCACCUUAUUAAGAAUAUUUUGUAACUAAACCAAAUGAAGGAUUAUGGAGAUAAUAUGAAGUAAGUGAGAAAGGACAUAGAUCUGAAUUUAUGAAUAUGGAAAAAAUAAAGAUUGCUUAUGCAACAAUUAGUAGAUUUUUAAAUAUAAAAAAGAUGAUAGAAAAUGAAUAUAUAAAUUGUUAUUUUGCUUUACAUGAUCCUUAUCAAUUAAUGGGUUUAUCAAAGGCUCCAAUGAUUAAACCAUUAAUUGAUUUAUAAUUAGUUAGAGAAGUAUAAAAAUCACCUGGAGAAUUAAAAUUAAAUAAUUUAUUUGUUUCAUUAAAAGAUGAAGCUGAAAGAGCAGAUUUUGAUAGUGAUUGUUUAGUUUAAGAAUGUAAAUUUUAAUGGUGUCCACCUUGGACAUUACCUAUAGAUAGUAUGAGAGAUUAUUUUGGAGAGAAAAUAGGUUUGUAUUUUAGAUUUCUAUAAUUUUAUUCUUAAUAAUUAUGGUAAGUAGUAAUAUUGGCUAUUGUUUGUGAAGGAGUGAUUGAUAAUACAACAGGAGAUGUAAAAAAGGCAUUUAUUGUUAUAUUUGCAGUAAUAUUGAUAUCUUGGUCAAGUUAUUUUAUUUGUCAUUGGAAAAGAUAAUAAACAAUGUUUUAGAUUUAAUUUGGUUAGAAUGAUUAAAGUGAAGGAGGAGAAAUAGAAAGACCAGCAUUUGAAGGUGAUUUUGUUAGAUCAUUAAUAACUGAUUAACUUAAUGAGGAAUAUUAUCCAAUAUGGAAAAAAUAAUUUAAAUUAUUUUAUUCAAGUUUUGUUACUUUAAUAAUAAUAUCAAUGGUUAUAGCAAGUGUUAUAGGAGUAUUCAUUUUGAAAAAGUAAAUUAUGAUAUUAAAAAUAGUUAUUUAAUUGAAGAGUAUCCUAAUGAUUAGUUUUUGGUUUCAUUUGUACCUUCUAUGAUAAAUGCUAUUGUAAUUUAAUUAUUUAAUCUUAUUUAUUUUAAUGUUUCAAAUAAUUUAAAUGAUUUUGAGAAUCAUAAAUAUGAAUAAUCAUAUGAAGAUAGUUUAAUAUUGAAAACUUACAUAUUUACAUUUAUAAAUACUUUUAAUUGUUUGGCAAUUAUAGCAUUUUUAAAUGAAUAAUUUCCAGCAUUAUCUCUUUGUAAAACAUCUGAUGGAAUUAAUUGUUAUAGAGCAUUAAAAGAUUAGAUGGUAACCAUUUUCAUGGUUAACUUUGCUAAAACAUUACCAUAAUUAAUUACUCCAUGUAUAAAGGCUUUUAUUAGAGGAAAAACUAAAUAAGUAGAUGAAAAUUUAGUUACUCAUGAAUUUAAUUAAAUUGAUGAAUUUAUAGAAAGUCAAGCAAAUCUAGAACCAUAUGUAUCUAAUGCUGAAGUUGAUGGUUUAAUGAAUGACUACAUGGAAUUAGUAGUUUAAUUUGCUUUCCUUUAAUUAUUUGGAUUGGCAUUUCCUCUUAGUUAUUUUAUAGCUUUCCUUACAAAUUUAACAUAAAUUCAAGUAGAUAAAUUAAAAUUGAUUCAUUUUAUAUAAAGACCAAUUCCAUCUUCAGCUGCAAAUAUAGCAAACUGGAGUUUCAUAAUGGAUGUCAUAGCAUUUUUAUCUGUAUUUUGCAAUGCAGGUUUGAUAGUGUUUACAUCAGGAGUUGUACCACCAGAUUCUUAAUCAUCUUCGUAUGCUAUUUUCGUUAUUGUCUUUUUGGGACUUAAAUAUUUCUCAUCAUUUAUCAUAUCACCUGUUCCUGAAAAGGCAUCAUUGAUUCUGACUCGUCAUAAAUUUGCUGUUGAUAGAGUCUAGAGGGGAAUGAGAGAUCAAAUUAAAUCUUAUUAUAAUGGUAGAUUAAGGGAGAAUAUUGAUGGAGUGGAUUAUGAAAAAAUGUAAGAAUAAGAAAAGGAACAUCUAUUGAAAGGACCUAAUGUUAAUGUUGAAUUAAGAAAGACAUGA